AUGGCGGAGAAAAAAGCCAUUUCCACAGAGGAGGAGAUAGACCAGAUGAACUUUGGUGAGUUAUAUUGGCUCCUACAAGAAGAUGGCACCACUAAGGACGACAUGGUUAAACUGUCAAGUGAGGAGGCGGCAAGGGCAGAAGUGAAGAAGAGGAUCAGAGACAUCCGGGCAGCAGCAGCUACAAGCAGACGUCCUGGUCAGGCUGCAGACAAACUGAGGGAAAUUAAGGAAGCACACAACGCAAAACGACAACGCCUGGCAGACUGCUGCAAGGACAUUACUGCCUACCUUCCCAAACUGGAUGAGCGUGUUAAGGACAAGCUGAAGAUUCAGUUUGGUCGUGAGGUGGAAGACAUCUCAAAAGAUGUACAGAGUCACUUAGACAAGGACGAAUGUCCUAUUCUUGUUGCAGGAGAAACCUCCUCAGGAAAGAGCACCAUCCUGAACCUGCUGCUGGGAGAGGACAUCCUGCCUGUGGCUCAUAGCAGCUCCACCUCCACCAUCUGUGAGGUGAAGUAUGGAGAGAACAGGCGAGCUGUGGUCCAUCUGCGCAAGGCCAACAAGCAAGGGGAAAGGCAUAUAACCAUCCCACUGGACGGCACAGAGCUGAAAAGCUACAUGCAUGUGAAAGGAGCCAGCCGAGACAUCCUUCCUCCAGCUCAGUGGAUUGAGAUCUUUCUGCCUCAUCCUCUUCUUCAAGGAGGAAUAGUUCUAGUGGACAGUCCAGGAGUUGGAGAAAAUGACAAGAUGGACAAAGUUGUUGCUGACUACAUGCCAAAAGCCUUUGCCCUCCUGUACAUCAUCAACAGCUCCAAUGCUGGAGGAGUGCAGCAGGACAGGUUGGGUCGACUUCUUCAACUGUAUAAAAAGAACAAUGCUGAUGACUUUGACCCAGAAUCAGCCAUGUUUGUGUGCAACAAGUGGGACUUUGUGCCUCCAGAGGAGCAAGACGAGCUGAAGACUGAAACACUCAGGAAGCUGUCAGCGAUGUGGGAUGGCCUGGAGGAGUCACAGGUGUUUUUUGUGUCCACAAAAAAGGCUGUGAGAUUUCGAGUGAUUUUCUCUGAAGACUUCUGCAAAGUGCUGGAUGGUCUGGACUUUCUGAUGUCAAAGAGUCUGGACAUCAAACUGGAAACUCAGUACAGGUUGCUGUCUCGACUUUUGAGUGAAGCUCUGGUCCACAUUAAGGUGCAGUUAACUGUUACCCAUCAACAUCUGACUGAGGGGGAUAAAUUUAGAAAAUGUGAUGAGGCAAAACAACAUCUACAAUCAUUUCAAGGGAGCUAUAAACAGAGCACAGAGAAACUAAACAAUGAGUUGAGGGAAAAUGUGGAAACCACAAAGAGUAUCCUGUCUGACCUGGUGAAGAAAGGUGGCCUGAAAAAAGAAGUGAUGGAAGUACAAAAGCUUCAUUUGAGUCUCCCAGAUGGUUCCAUCACUACGAGAGAUCAAGAUCGCGAGUUAGUCAAGAGAGGUGAGGAUUUCUCAAUGCUGAAAGAUCUGUACGAGGCCCUGCCAGGUAUUCUGGCUCAUUAUGACUCAUUUGAAAGGUCUGUUAAACCAAAGGAAAUGUUGGACUCCUUUAAACGGAAAUUGAAAGAGGUAGCUAAUUCGUUGGAGAAAGCCCAGCAGCAUGUAAUGGAAAUCAUCACAGGCAGCUCCUUACCUGUGUCCCGCAUGCAAGUUCGUGACUUUCUGUCCCAACCCAAUGCAUUCAUCAGAGGUUUGAGGAAGACAUUCUUGCUCUGGUCAGGAAGGUUGAGUGCAGCACAUGCAUAUGCAUACGUGAGAAAAUGGAAGGCCAGCAGCAGCACUGUGUCCAUACUCAAGAACUACUGGAAACAAGCACCCGAAGGCACACCCCUGGUAGACCUCCUGAUGCAGGCACUGUCAUCAAAGGAUGAACUGAUCACUGAGCUGGCUGACAGGCAGAUGCAGCCACAGCGAGACUUGAUGGCUCUACUGGAAGAUGACUUCAAAAAGAUGAAGGACAUUAUGGAGCAGACAGUAGACCAGACCUUCAAAGACACCAGAAGCAAUGAAAUAAUCAAGCAAACCUAUGAGCCACAAAGUGAGGGCAUCAACAGCUUCCUGGGCCAGCUGGCAAUGUUCCACCUGACUGAGAUGAGAAAGUAUGAGUAUCCCCUGGACAGCAUCACAGGUUGGACGGAUCCAAGGAACAAGAUAGGAGGCGGAUCCUUUGGUGAAGUGUACCGAGUCCAAGUCCCAUGGAAGGGAGCAGAGACACCAGCAGCACUGAAGCUUGGACUCAUGCCAUAUGACAUCAUAACAGCAGAAACUGCCUGGGACUUCCUGCAGGAGGAGGAAACCAUACGGAGGCUGACGGGGGACCACAUUGUGGAGUACUACGGUACUGCAUUUAAGAGAAUAAAGGCAGGAUUGAGACUUGGACUGGUCAUGGAGCUAUGUGACGGCACACUGGAGAGCAGGAUCAUUGGACAGAAAAACCGUAACCCAGCCUGGUGGGGUUCUUACCCAGAGAAGCAGGCAGCAGCCUUCAGCUACACCAAAGACAAGGCCAUACAGCUGUGUGAGGGACUUAAGCAGAUCCAUGAUGCUGGAUACAUACACAGGGACCUCAAACUCACCAAUAUACUGGUGACAAAGUACGGCACAGUGAAGCUUGCUGAUGUUGGACAGACCAAGCGAGAGGAUAAAAUCACAGGCACCAUAGCCGGAACUGCCAUCUAUGCAGCCCCUGAGGUGAAGGAACAGAAGGUUUACGACAAGAGCGCUGACAUUUACAGUCUGGGCCUCAUCCUGUUUGAAAUGUGGUACGGCAGAACUCUAUAUGGACACCAGGAUAUCACUUACAUCAAACAGAUGGAAGAAGACAGGAAGGAAGGGAAAGACAUCAGGAUGCCACAAUGGCAAGGAACAGUCCCCCCCAUUCCUGAAUGGAACAGGCUGAUCCAGGACUGCCUCAAGAAGGAUCCAAAGGAACGACCAGAAAUACAGGAGUGUCUGGACAGAAUGAAAGCUAUGAAGCUUGAGCAGACCAAAAAAUAG